CAUGGAUUAAUGUAAAUCGAUCGACCUCCCAUUUUUAUUGUCGAAGACUAGUGUUGUACAUCGAGGUUUAGGGGCGGUCUGGUCAAAUAUUCUAUCACCAUGUCUUUUACAUCACGCCUCCUUUACAAACAUAUGGCGAGUGACCAACCUUGGUCAGCCGUCUGUUUUAGUUCGGCGAGGUAUCGGUAUUAUUCCAAGGGUUUUAUACAAAGUCUCAUCGAUAAAGUUAAAGAAGAAUCAAGCAGAGACACAGAGUUAAAAGAAAGUAUCAGGAAGUUUCGAGAAGAAACAGCGAAAUUGGAACAAACAAAGGAAUUGCGCUCUGUCCGGGAAUUUUAUAAAAAGAUAGAGAAAGAAAUGCCAGCCGAUACUGUAGGAAAAGUACGAGACACUUUCCAAUCUGUUAAGAGCAAAAUCCGUAAUGAUGCUCAACAAUUUGCUCAAAACGAAACACUGAGAAAGGGUGUUGAAAAUUUAUCAAAAGCCAGUGAGCAUGUUAAGGAUGCCACUAAAUCACUUAGUGAAACAGAGUUCAUCAAGGCUGCUAUAAAAGGUGUUGAAGUAGUUGGGAAGGAGUUAGAAUCAGAAAGGUUUCAAAUGUAUCAAGCUCCAAGUAUUUUAAAAACAAGAAGUGAGAUCUCUGGCAAAGGUGAGGAACGCGCAAUACAACCAGAUAGUGAAAGUUCUGGUGUUGUCGUGCACAAAGAUUCAAAAUGGUUCACUGCAUGGCAAGAUUUCAAAGAAAAUAAUCAGUACGUUCAAAGAUUUUUUGAUUUGAAAGCUCACUAUGAAGAGAGUGAUCAUUUAGUUAUUCGGUCAUUACGAUUUGUAACUGAUAAACUAUCAAAUCUAUUCGACAUUUAGUUCGUAAUGUAUGUGUUGCUUAGUGAACUAUUCUUUCGACUUGUCGAUCACUGUACAACAUUUCCACCUUACGAUGUACUAUUAGGUGAUACAUUUUUUCAAAUUGUCUACCCAACGACUUUUUGUGAUGUUAUAAACAAUAAUAUCGAAAUUCUGUAGUCAUGAUUUACGAUCUUUUUCUUUAACAAAAGAUACAUCGUUUCAACCAACAAAAAACCUUGUUGUUAACUUAGUUUCAAUGUACAUGCAUGAGUUUACAUCUUUUCCUUAACUCUGAUGAAUCUUGUUUAACCAGUGUUCAAUCUGAGUUUAAAUUUCAGUAUAAUCCACUCAAAAUUAUUGAUCAUGAAUAGUUAUAGUCGUCAUACUAACUUCUGUUGCUUGAUUAACGCAGAUCAAUCAGUCGGUCAUCCAAAGUAGAACCCAACAUAUGCGCAUCAACUCAAGUUCCCACAUCACAUUGGCCCGACCGUUGUUGCUACCUUGACGUG